UUAGCACUGGAUGUGUGCGUCAGUAUUACUUGGAACAAAAGGCGUAUGUGUGUGUGUGUAUGAGAGAGGGAGGGAGGAAAGGAGAGAGAGAGAGAGAGAAAAAAAAGGAGAAGAGGAGAGGAUUACAGCCUCCACGGCCAUCAAAUAAGUUUCUUAUCCAGAUCGUUUGGGGAAAAAAGGACAGAGAAACACUCCCUCUCCAUCUCUCCAUCACUCCAUCCCUUUCUGACUCCCUCUCUCUUUAGUAAUUACAGAGUUACAGCUCCAACAGUAAGUGGGAGAGAGAGAGAGAGACACACACACAGAGAGAGAGAGAGAGAAUUUGUUUUGCGCAGAAAAAUAAGAGAAGGGCUCAGAUUUCUUAGGGAGGGUUUGACAUUUCAGCUCCUGAACAAUAGAGGCUUUUCUUUUAUAAGAAAAGAGAGAGAAAGAGGCAUUUUUUUCCCCCCCAAAGAAUCCCAAACCCUUCAUCCCCUUCUCUCUCUUGUGGAGCUUGGAUCCCCUGUUGGAUGAGGCUUGGCUUUGGGGGAAAAGUGGGAAGUUUUAAAGGAGAGAGAACACACAGAGAAGAGAGAGAGAGAGAGACUGAGAAAGAACACAACUGAGUUUCUUCUGAAGGAGGGAGGUGACGGAGACCGAGAUCUCAAAGCGGAGGAGGAGGAGGAGGAGGGAAGGGGAUAGCAGCAAAGCGGCACAGACUCGCACGGAGCGAGCGAGAGAGAGGGGGAAAGAGAGAGAGGGAGCGAGCGAUGUCUGCUGCCGUUCUUGAGGUGCUCUUCUGCGGCUCGCUGCUCGCAACCAUCGCCCGUCACACGCAAGGAGGCAGCUGGUACACGACGCCACGCAGGACAGUCGGCGACCGAGCUCUGAGGGAGGUGAAACGCUUCUCGCGAGCAGGCGUGUUCAACUACACCACACUGCGGCUGGACGAGGAGAGACAGGUGCUGUACGUGGGGGCGCGGGAGGCCAUCUUCGCCCUGGACAUGCAGGACAUCACCAAAGAGCUGAACAAAGCGAUUCUGUGGGAUGCCCCGGCUGAUAAGAAAAUGGAAUGCAUCCAGAAGGGGAAAAACAAUCAGACUGACUGUUUCAACUAUAUCCGUUUCCUGCAGAGCUUUAACAGCACUCACCUGUACACCUGUGGAACCUAUGCAUUCCAGCCAAAAUGCACCUACAUUGAGGUGAGAAAUUUUACGCUGAACAAGAUGGCCAUGGAAGACGGGAAGGGCAAAUGUCCAUAUGACCCCACCAAAGGGCACACGGGGCUUAUUGUGGAUGGUGAGCUAUAUUCUGCCACGCUCAACAACUUUCUCGGCACGGAGCCUGUGAUACUGAGAAAUCUGGGUCACCACUACUCCAUGAAAACAGAAUAUCUAGCUUACUGGCUCAAUGAACCAAACUUUGUAGGCUCGGCCUACGUGGAGGAGAGUGGGGACAGUGAGGUGGGGGAUGACGACAAGAUAUAUUUCUUCUUCAGCGAGAGAGCUGUUGAGUACGACUGCUAUAGCGGUCAGGAAGUGGCCAGGGUAGCCCGUGUCUGUAAGGGAGAUCUGGGAGGAGCUCGGACGCUGCAGAAGAAGUGGACCACCUUCCUGAAGGCUCGGCUGGUGUGUUCAGUUCCCGAACAACAGCUUCACUUCAACAAACUACAGACCAUCUACACAUUGACCGGCAGCACCUGGCGACACACACUCUUCUUUGGCAUCUUCAGGGCUCGCUGGAGUGACCUGGAUGUGUCAGCCAUCUGCCUGUACAGGAUCGAAGACAUUCAGAAAGCUUUCCACGGCCCGUACAAGGAGUAUCGGGUGCAAGAGCAGAAGUGGGGCCGGUAUUCGGAUCAGGUUCCUCGUCCCAGACCCGGAGCUUGCAUCACAAACAGCCAUAGAAUGAGCGGCUAUAACACCUCGUUGGAACUGCCCGAUAACAUCCUGAACUUUGCCAAGAAGCACCCACUAAUGGACGAUCAGAUUCUGCCGGUGGGUCACAAGCCACUGCUCAUCCAGAGGAACAUCAAUUACACCCACAUCGCUGUGCACCGCGCGGAGGCCUGGAACAGGAACCAGUACCACGUCAUGUUCAUUGGCACGGGUACAGGGUGGCUACACAAGGCAGUGAUUAUUGGAUCCAGGAUACACAUUAUUGAGGAGUUGCAGCUGUUUAAUGAACCCGUAGAAAGCUUAGCCAUCUCCAACAACAAGAAGAUGCUGUUUGUCGGCUCGCGGAGUCAAAUAGUCCAGGUUCCCUUCGCUGACUGUCGCAAGUACCAGUCGUGUGAGGACUGUAUCCUGGCCAGAGACCCUCACUGUGCCUGGAACAGCCGGACCUGCACGCACAUCGACAGCCUGCUCAAUGUUCUCGUUGCCUACCAGGAUAUUGAUCAAGCAGAUAUCUCACUGUGUCGCAAUGUUAUGCCAAGCACAGGUGAGGUGCAGCUCAAGAACCUGACGGUGGCUCCUGGGGUCGACAUCCGGUUGAUGUGCCAACUGAUGUCCAACCUGGCCCGGGCCAAGUGGAUGAUCGACCGUCACUACCUGCGGACGGACGAGGGCAGCUACGAGACCCAGACCAACGCCCUGAUCAUCUCCGACGUGCAGCCUCACCACGCCGGCAAGUACUGGUGCUACUCGGAGGAGAACGGGGAGCGGUUCCUCGCCGACCGCUACCUCCUGACGGUGGUCUCCAACCCACCCUUUGUCCUGGGGCGCGGGGGGAGCCUGGACGGGGGCUGGCUGGUCAUCUUGACUUUGGCUUUCAUCUGCGUCUGUCUCUUCAUCGCCGUCCUCUUCCUCAGCUGGAAGCUGAAGGCGCACCAGCUCAAACGGGGUGGGGGGGUCGCCAGGCGCACCGCCGAGACCCCCAUCUCCGCCGCGGACCCCACCAAAGAUCAUCAUCAGCCGCAGCCCCCCUCCUCGAGCCAGACGUCCGCCGGGUCGGAGGAGAAACUCUGGGAGUCGCCCUCUUACCACUACUCGGACGGCUCGCUGAAGAUCGUGCCUGGGAACGCCUUAUGUCGCAACGGAGGGUCCCCGGGGCAGAACGGGAGCAACGGGAUACCCGGGCAGCCCCUGCCCACCACCCCGGCCAUCGGCAACGCCAGCGCUGUGGGCAGCGCUGCUCCGGCCCGCAUCAACCUGCCCGGGGUGAGGGGGACAGCCACCAACAAUGGUUACGUGCGCCUGCAACUGACGGGCGAGGAGGCCUUUUCCGAGGAGUUGAGGAAGAAGCUGAAACAGCGGCAGAUGUUACCCGACGCCAAUCCCGAGGAGUCUUCGGUGUGAGAGAGAAGAGAGAGAGUGAUGGAGAGAGUGUGUGUGAGAGAGAGAGAGAGAAAGAGAGAGAGAGAGAGAGCCAAGAAAGCCACUCUUUAAGGCUGGCCUUUACCUCUUCUUUACCCCCCACCCCCCACUCCUAUUCCCCCCCACCAUUGUAAAUAGACACAAGCAAAAAAAAAAAGAAAGAAAGCUCCUGGAAUCUCUCCCAGGACUUUCAACAACCCCUCACCACACUCACGCACAUCACCACCCCCGGCCCCCA